GUCCUCCUUUCGGCUUCCGUCGUUGACGGAAGCAGCUCGGGCGACUGCGGAUGCGAAUUGAUGUAAAGCGAUUCAAAGUCGUCAACAGUGAAGGGAACGUUACGAUGUUUUUGACGAGGAAUGCGCUUCGGAACUGCUUCAGCCUUGCAAGACAGGUGAACCAGCUUCGAGCGUCCAUCUCCAUCGGACCCCAGCAGCACCACGGUACUUUCUACGAGUUGCGCACGUACCAGAUCAAGCCUGAGCACAACACAGCCUUCCUCGAGCUCGUCAACGAGAAGAUCCAUCUUCGCACGGCCCACUCUGAGCUCCUGGGCUUCUGGACUGUGGAGUAUGGUGGCUACAACCAGGUGUUCCACAUCUGGAAGUACGACAGCUACGCCCACAAAGCAGCAGUGCGGGCAGCAGUGGCCAGUGAUCCCCAGUGGAUGGAACAGUGCAUUUCCAAGGUUUUGCCCAUGCUGACCUCCCAGGAUCUUGAGGCUGCCUACCUGAUACCCUGGUGCAAGAUUGAGAAGCCUCCUAAGAAAGGGGUGUAUGAGCUAGUCACUUUCCAGAUGAAGCCGGGGGGUCCAGCCGUGUGGGGGAAGGCAUUUCAGGCAGCUGUGAGCGCACAUGCCAAGACAGGUUACUCCCACCUGGUGGGAGCCUUCCACAGCGAGUUUGGACCCCUCAAUCGAGUGCAUGUCCUGUGGUGGUAUGAGAGUCCCGACCAUCGGGCAGCUGUGCGGCACACAGCCCACCAGGAUGCCCGUGUGGUUGCAGCAGUGAGGGAGAGUGUCUCGUACCUGGAGUCCCAGAGAAACAAGCUGCUGUUUCCCACCUCCUUCUCCCCCCUCCAGUGAUACCCUCUCUUCCACAGUGCUUCCUGUCCUGCUCCUGACUUUUACAGCAAACUUUGACUAUCGACAGCUGACCUGCCACUCCCCAUUUGCACCUUGUUCAUGCACUCCACCAGGUACAUGUAGUCCAUUAAUGCAACGUGUGCUGCACACUUGACUUUCGUGCACUAGUGUGACCUGUGUGCAAGUGUGAUCACAGUGGUAAAACCCGGGACUCCAUGUGGAAAAAUGGCAAGGACUGAAAUAAUUAUUUCCUUCCUGUAGUAUGGAUAAGUUGUUAGUUUCCAUGUGGUCUUAAGGUGGAGUUACCCCUGGUUUGAGGGAAGGAGGGUAAGUGUUUUCUUUGCUCUGUCUAGUGUAUUAA